UCAAACCUACAAACACAAAAACCCUAAAGGCCCUCUCUUUUCUCACCUCCCUCAAACGAGCCGCUCAGCCAGAGAAAGCAGAGAGACACACACAGCCACAAUGGUGUCUGGGUCAGGGAUCUGUGCAAAAAGAGUUGUUGUUGAUGCAAGGCAUCAUAUGCUAGGCAGGCUUGCAUCAAUACUUGCUAAAGAGCUACUAAAUGGGCAGAAAGUUGUUGUUGUUAGGUGUGAAGAGAUUUGUAUCUCUGGUGGUUUAGUAAGGCAGAAAAUGAAGUACCUAAGGUUCUUGAGGAAACGCAUGAACACUAAGCCUUCUCAUGGUCCUAUUCACUUCAGGGCUCCUUCCAAGAUUCUCUGGCGUACCAUUAGAGGGAUGAUUCCUCACAAGACCAAGCGUGGAGAGGCUGCUCUUGCUCGUUUGAAGGUUUUUGAGGGUGUUCCUCCUCCAUAUGAUAAGACAAAGAGGAUGGUGAUCCCUGAUGCUCUCAAGGUUUUGAGGCUCCAGCCUGGACACAAGUAUUGCUUGUUAGGACAGCUUUCAUCUGAGGUUGGAUGGAACCACUAUGAUACCAUCAAGGAGCUUGAGAUGAAGAGAAAGGAAAGAGCCCAGUUGAUCUAUGAGAGAAAGAAGCAGUUGGCAAAACUGAGGGUCAAGGCUGAGAAGACUGCAGAGGAGAAGCUUGGUCCCCAGCUAGACAUCAUUGCUCCACUCAAAUAUUGAUUGGAGAGAAGGUUGCUAGUGAAUGAGAAACUCUGAGAAUAUUGUUUUUGCAUCCCAGACUGCUUUCUUUUUUAACAAUUUCUGUUCGAGUGAAUUAACUUUAUCAACAGUUUUAUUGGAAACAUGGUUUGGCUUUUCAGUUUAGAUAUAUAAUAUUUUGAACCUUCCUUUA